GGAGUCAAUUAUAGAAAAAAUUAAAGAGAUGAAGAAGGUGGAAAUUAAAAAGAAAAUUAAAGAAUUUAUAAAAAUUAUAAAAGAAUUACAAAAUAAAGGAAUUAAAGAAAUAAUUAAAUAUUUAGAAAUUACUGAUGAUGAAAAAAUGAAAAUGAGAGAAAAAGCUGAGGAAUAUGAUAUUUUGGAUAUUUUUCAUAAAAUUUUAGUUCAAAAAAGAAAUCAAGAAUUUUUACAUUUAAUGUCUAAAGAGAGAGGGAAUAUUCGAUUUAAACUUGAAAAUUUUGAGAUGGAACGAAGAAAUGAGCGUUUUUGUUAUAAAUUCCAUGAAGUUAGAGGCUGCAAAAUAGAUUUGUCCGAACUUUACGUAAAAUACAAGCCAACUGAAGUAUUUGGAUUAAAUUUAGCACGAAGCUAUUUGCCAUCAAGUCAUUGGAUUAAACCUGAUUUAGAGGAUGUUAAUCUAUAUAAAGAACUUUGGCAUUCUGAUAACAAAUUGGAUUUACUUCCUGACCAUGACAAAGAAAAUGAUAAACAUCGAGUAAUAAAUCGUUGCUCAUUUUAUGGUAAAUAUCAUGUGCAUAAUGGUUACCCACUCAAUCCAGUGGCUCGAACAGGUUUUAAAGGCCGUGGAUCGUUUGGUCAGUGGGGGCCAACUAAAGGAGCUGGAGCGAUUUUAUAUGUUAAUAAUAAAGAAGAUUUUAAUAAAUUUGAGUUUCUUGGUGUUGAAAAUGGCAAAUAUGAGAAAAAAUCGUAUAUCGUCACGCCGGGUGGAUUUGUAGACAUGGGAGAGGAAUUUGAAUAUUCUGCAAAGAGAGAAUUAAUAGAAGAAGCUUUUGGAUUAAAGAAAAAAAGAAACAAAGAAGAAUUUGAAAAAAUGGAAGAAAUUAUUGGUAAAGGAGAAUUAGUUAAAUUUGGUGGUGCUGAAUUAAGUCAGGUAACAGAAUAA